UCCCUUUAGCAGAGGAAAUCCCGGCAGGAUGCUGCUCGUGAAACUUUAUUAUUAUUUUCUCUUCACCCAAGGUUUUUCCCACAAUAAGCGCGCCUCGCUGCAGCUCAUGGACGCGCGUACCUUGUCGCUUGGGUUCUGCAUUUCCUAGAACACGCAAUGCGUUUGUGAAUAUCAUCAUCAUCAUCACCUUUAUUGACUGGUCGCGUGCGUUCCGUUGGAGGAAGAGGAGUGAAGAAGGCUCCCGAUGUAGUGAGCGAACUGGACACCACUCGACGCAUCGCUUGCCGACAGACGACGAAGAGGCACCCACAGGCUCAACGCGACGGUGAGAAGAACACCAUUCACCUCGCGCCUCCGAUUAGCGCGCUUGGCUACGUACGGUGCGAAAGAAGUUGAACGUAUAUACCUAUGCACAGUAACGUUUUUCUUUUGUGUUCGGUUAGAACGCGUAAAUAGAAAUGUGUCGUUAACCCGCCACCACACGACGCAGCCAGUUAGCAAAGGUCUGUCUCGUCAACAAGACGCCAAUUAGUUACUCGUUCGUCACGCCGGUGUGUUGGAGAGUAAAACCCACAACAUUUACAAUUUCGGUACCGUCACGUGUUGCUGGCGACACGUCCGUUCAAGAUGCAUUCCACUCUCGCGUGAUUGCCACACAAAUCCGAUCGUGAAUAUUUACCCGGAGCGCACCAUGAGCGCGUCGAGCUCCUUCCUCUGGGGCAGAGUCGCUUCGGCGCCGUCGGCCCCUCUAGCCGCGACGCGCCUCCUCCUCCUCCUCGUCAUCCUCCCGGUCCUCUGCGCCAUCCUCCGGGGCGCCACCGCCCAGCCGUGCCCCGCGCCGUGCCACCACUGCCGCGGAGGCCUCGUCUCCUGCCAGGACGUGGGCCUCGUCUCCUUCCCCAGGCACUUGCCCCGCUCGACCACCGCGCUGCGGCUGAGCGGCAACCGCCUGCUGCGGCGCGUGCUGCCGUCCGACGUGCGCGCGCUGCCCCGGCUCACCGCGCUGCUGCUGGACAACUGCGGCCUCUCGCGCCUCCGGCCCAAGGCGUUCUCCAGCCUCGGUGUCCUGCGCCGUCUCUCGCUCGGCGGCAACGGCCUGCGCAGGCUGGACGUUGGCACGUUCGGCGGGCUGGCCAAGCUCCAGGACCUGCGGCUGCACGAUAACCUCAUCGACGUCUUGCCCAGGGAUGUGUUUCUGGAGUUGACUUCGCUGCGUCACCUGCAGCUGCAGAACAACCUGCUGGCGGGCGUGAGGGAUGGGCUCUUUGCGGGCGUGGGAAGGCUGUCGACGCUAACCCUCGACGACAAUUCCAUCGCGAGCAUCUCAGACGCGGCCUUCGCCACACGAUCGGAUCUCCGCAGUCUCUCCCUGGCCAAUAACAACCUGACCCAGAUUCCGUCGAGCGCCCUCGCGAGGCUCAAGAACCUCAACCGGCUGGUCGUUUCUGGCAACCGCAUCACACGGAUACAUCCCUUCGCUUUCAAGGGACUUUCCAAGCUGGUGCACCUCAUCCUCGACGACAUGCAGUUGCUGGCGAUAGCUGAGAACGGCUUUGCCGGACUGGGCAGCACCGAGCGCCUUUACCUGAGAAGGAACCACCUGAAGGCCCUCAGCGCCGACGUCCUCAGGCCCCUCGUGAAACUCGAGGAGCUCCACCUCGAUGGGAACUCGCUGACGGCGCUGACCGACGACUUGCUCGCCGGCCCAUCCGCCUCCUUGCGCGUGCUCGCGCUCGCAUCGAAUCAGCUGUCCCGCGUCUCCCCCGAGCCGUUCGUCUCCUCCGCGUCGCUCGCCCGACUCCAGCUCAGCGACAACCCCUUGCUUUGCGACUGCGGCGCGCUGCCCCUCCGGCUCUGGGUGGCGACAGCGGCGGUCGCCCACGUCGACGUCCGCUGCCGGUUUCCCGAGCGGCUGCGGGGCCAGCGCCUGGACAGAGUCCCGCGCGAGUCGCUGGGCCACUGCCACGUCCGGGGAUCACAAAAGUCCGAGGGCAAAGAGGAGGAGGUGGAAGAGGUGGAGGCACGUUCGCAGUCGCCCACCUCGCCCCUUCUCCACGCCAGCGCGGCACCGCGGCUUCGCUCGAGAAACGUCAGCGCGCUCGCACGGAAACUUCCACGCGGCCGCGUCGAGGGGCGACGCGUCCCGACGUCGUACGCCUCGAAGCGCAGCCCUGACGGCGCGUCCGGGUCGUCGGUGGCGACGGGAUCCCAGGUGGAGUCGGAGGGGCGCUCGCCUCGUCCGGGGCCUCCCUGCGACGGCCGCGCCGCCGAGGUCGACACGGCCUUCAACGCGGUGCUCGGUCUGCUCAUCGUGUCGCUCUGCGUCAGCGCCGCGUCCGGCGUGGCCGCCUCGCGGCUCUGGAGGCGGCUGAGGAUGCGCGACGGGGACGGCGGCGGCGGCAUCGUGGAGUCGUCGCGCUGCUCGAUGAGGUCGCUGCCUCCGCGAUACCGACCCUCGUGCGGCACCUCCGAGCCUCCGCCGUGGCCUCGUUCGCCGACGGCGCCCCCCGCGAUGCCCAUCAGCACCGUGGAGCUGGACCGCGCGCUGCUCCUGAGGUUGUUCGAGGAGGACGGGCCCCAAGUGGUGCUCUUUGAGCACACGGUGCUGUAGGGGUGACGGCUCGGCCAGAUUCAUGAUCGCUGUAAUAAACUGUUGCACUACUUUUUUUAAAUUUCAUUUUGCCAGGUAAGGCCCACUGAGCUGUAUAGCUCUUUUUCAGAAGCGACGUGGCUCGCACAAAUGAGAGCGUGGCUUAUCAUGUGGAUUGUUUUGAUUGAUUUCCACCUCCCUCCCCUGGGGGCGGGACGAUGGAUGGGCCGAGAUGGGAUGAAGUCAACCCCUCGACUCAAGCGGGAGUUAAACUCGCAACCCUUGCCAUUGCGAGCCUCUUGCUCGCUCGCUCGCUGUUCCGCUGUUCCAACGGAGCUGUGUUAACGAAAACAAACUUUUUAUUUAACCAGCUAAUGCCCACUGAGCUACAUAGCUCCGUUUCAAAAGCGACCUAGCCACAAAUGAUAGCUCAACGAAGUAGCUUAUCACGUUGACAUUUAUAGCAGACAAAUACUCUAAACGCGUGUUGUCGAUUCUAAAUGUGGAUGGAAAAACAAGAAGACCCGGAGAAAAAUCUACGCGACCACGGGGAGAGAAAGACACGCAAACUCCAAAUAUGCAGGUGCCAUGGUUGGGAUCGAACCCAUGCUCUCCUAGAUAUCAGGCGAGGGUGUUAGCCAUCUCGCCACCACGGCACCCCAUGAUCACGAUGAUGAUGAUAAGGGGCUUAAUGUCAGCUGGAGCUGUUGGGGAAUAAGCUCUGGAAAUUAUAUGUUCAGGGGUCUCUGGAAACAAAUGAUCCCAUCAGAAACUAAGUCCUGAUUUUGUCGAUGUCAUGAUUGAUUUGAAUUACUCGCUUCCGAACUCGCCGUCGUGCUGGGCGCAAUGCAAAAAAAGUACGUCUCGAUUGUUCACGGGACAUAUUUGUGUUUGUUUCGCCGUGUCUCGUGCAGAGGUGGACAACAUAUACACAUAUUCUUUGGGUCUUUCGGUAAAGCCACGAAGAUAUAAAAAAAUAAUCAAAAUAAUAACGAUAUCACGACCUUUCGAUCGCAACACAAGCAAUCGCAACUCUUUUUUCACCUGAUGACGAUUGCUUGUGUUGCGAUCGAAACGUCGUGAUAUUGUUAUUAUUUUGAUUACUUUUUUCUAUCUACGUGGCUUUACCAAAAGACCCAAAGAAUAUGAAUUCCUGCAGUCACCAAAGCUUUUUGUCAAGAUUUAACAUACGCACACUAAAAAUAUAUUACACGUGUAAAUACAAAGAACUGCAUUAAUCUGGGAAAUCAUCACGAACACUCAAGUCUCCUUUUCACGAGGAUCGUGGAUUGCCAUUAUUUUGUGGCCACUGUUUGGGCUGUGGGAGGAAAGGGGAAUUCUCCGGGGGGCGACCGACCCCGGCGUGGCGAGUGAGGAAUCACCCACUGGACUCCCCACGCGCGUUCUGGUGAACCAGGCGGGAGCUCGCGAGACGAGGACAGGGAGAGACGCGUUCGCAAGCGUGACCUUGACCUGGGCAAAAGUCGGCGCGGAUGGGUAAGGGGCCGUCCAUAAAUGACGUCACGCACCUAGGGGGUGGGGGGGGGGGGUCAGACAUUUGUUACGAUGUGUGACGAGGGGGAGAGGGGUUUGAGAAAUGUGACGUUACAUCAAAAUGCGCAACUUUAAAUGAAUAUAGACAACACGUUUGACUUAAUUAAAUAGACUUUUUAAUAAAUGUUUUAUCCUACAACAUCAGAGUGCAGCGGCACAUUAAAUACGCACUACAAUGACAAUAGUUUAA